AAACAACGGCAACCAAUGAUAAAGGAGAGGGAGGUGGGCGUUGGGGAGAGUCCGGAGCCUAGAGCUGCCCGAGGCCAGGCUGCUGCGGGAGUCAUGGUGGGGUCGGCGGCCCACGCCGCGGCCGUAGAAGAGCGGCGAAAAAAGCUCCAGGAGUAUUUAGCAGCCAAAGGGAAGCUAAAAUGCCCAAACACCAAGCCUUAUCUCAAAGACCAGAAACUAUAUUCAAAGCCACCAACCUCUAGAUCUACUAUUAGACCAAAAAAUGACACAUUUAAAUGGACCCAACCGUGUGCUGCUGAAAGGUCCACUGGUAAUAUACUCCAGCCGGGAUCUUCCAAUGUCAAUGGAACCCAAAGGCCAAAACCAGCAGCACCAAAAAUUCUGGGGAAAGGACCAAUCACAGGUUCCCUUUCCUCCAAGCCAGACUGUAAACUCUCAAGGAAUACCCACAUCUACCAGCUGCAGAAAAUAGCAUCUUCUGCUGUGCACAAGCCGGCCAGAAGGUCUGUACCAUCACAUGAGACCCAGUGUCUGAGGAGAUUUGCAGAGCAGAAGACGACAAAUCGCAGACUUGGUGGGUGGAUGGACCCUGCGGCCGAGGGCCACGCUGAGAGCCAGUCCUUAGGCGACUUUCCGAAGGAGACGGACAAAGAGAACUGUCCUUUGCCAAGCCUGGUAGAGCUGAAGAGGAAACCAGAAGCUGAGCUUUGCAGCACAGCUAAAUCAAAGGAGAAUUCAGACUGUCCCAGCAAGAGGGGCCUGGCUCCAAAGCAAGCUGUGCACCAGGGGGCCGAGAACGGCAUCCUGCUGAAAGACCAAGUCAACAAGCCGUUUGUUCACAGGAUUCAAGUCUGGGUGCCCACGGGAGAGUGCCAACAGAUCCCCGAGGGGACGAGCUGCAAAAGACCACGAGACAAGCACCCAAGGACGGUUCCUUCUCACUUGGUUCAGAGCCUUGCCAGGAUUCGGGAAUCACGGAGACUGGUGAUGAAGAAAGAGAGCGGAAAGGUCAACGAGAACGAGAAAGAGGGUCGCAGCGGAGCCAAGCUACAGGAGAAUGGCAUCAACAAACAGAUCGCAGAAAGGAGCCUCCCGAGGACAAACCCGAUUGUGCCGCAGAUAGCAAAGUUCAAUAGGCACGAUAAUGGCAAGCCAGACCUAAAGCUGGUGCAGCCUUUUCCUGAAAGGAAGCCCUCGGUGAUGGCGCCGCCAUUGAGGACUGUGACAAGACAGACUCAGUUGGUAGGUGGCACCCCGAAAGUCCACCCAUAUGGACCCCCCCCCAAGCUUAGUUAUAGCUUGAAAAAAGAGCCACAGCCUGUGGACUCCAAGGCCAAGGGGCCUGUGCCCUGGAAUUGUGCUGUGAGAGCCUUGAACCCCAAAGCUCAGCCCCAGAGUGUCACCCAGACAAAGCCAACCACGAGUGAAGAAGGAGUACGAGAGCCGAUUUUGCCUGACGCCUCUGUCCCCCAAGUCAAGCUGAAUAUCCAGCGGAAGAAAAACGAGGAGGAUCGAAGGAAAAAGCUUGAAGAAUGGUUGGCAUCCAAAGGAAAGACUUAUAAACGACCCCCGAUGAAACUUCUAGCACAAAAUCAAAAUGUGCAAAAAUUAAAUGUUUCCUUCUGGAAAAGCAUAAAAGAGGAGGAGGAAAACAAGAAAACAGAGCUGGAUCUCUCCAACAAAAUUAAGAACACCCUGGCAGAGUGCCUGAAGCUCGUGGAAGAGGGCGCGCGCUCUGAUGAGAUCCUGGCGAUUCUCUCUGGUUUUCCUGAGGCUGAAAAGUUUGCCACGUUCUGGAUCUGUAAGGUCAAGCUUCUGGCCAGUCAAGACAGCUCGGAGGUGAUAGGACUGUAUGAGGCCGCCGUUCGCUGUGGGGCCGAGCCAAUACAAGAGUUGCGGGAUGUUGUCCUUAAUGUUCUGAAGAGCGCCAAGAAGACAGAAGAAGCGCCCCUAGGAAGUACCAGUGAAAGUAAUCCUACAUCUGUGAAAGAGAUGGCAAAGGAAGAGAGGGCCCAAGAACCCGAGGUCCCCAUUCCAAGAGAGCGCGUGCAAGUUGGAGCCACUCCCCAAAUCGCCAAGAAGUACAAGGACAAUCAUUUAAUGCCCUGCAUCAAGUUGCAGAUCACCCCCUUGCCAAGAACUCCUGGUUUGCUGGAGAAACAAGGCGUGAAGCUGGUGACUCCGGUACGGCGCUCCUUGAGGAUCGAGCACGCCCGACCCACCUACCCCGAGGCGCUUCAGGAGCACGGCACGGUGGUGGCCUCCCUUGACCAGCUGCCCAGGGUGACGGAGGCCAGCUGCUUCAUCUACUGCAAGAACGAGGCUCUGCCGGAGGAGACCGAGCUCCAGAUCCUUGGGGCGUCGUAGCUCCUGGCUCUCCUGGGAAGGGACUUGACGCUUCAGAGAGCCCUGGUGGGAGCUGUCCCCUGGCUCGGGGCAUGUGGCCCCCAGCAGGCUGGGCCGGGUGCAGCCCCCAGGCCCAGGAAGCUCAGUCCGAGGGGACUUGGAUUCAUUGACUCUGAUAAUCUGUGCACAUUCCAUACCCCACGUUUAGACUUAGGAAUUAUUGAUUUAUGAGACAGUAUUGGAAAAUAUAUGACCUUCAAGUCAGUAAGUAUUUAUUUUAUCUUUGUUGUUGUUGACGACGAUGUCAUCCCUCAUUGAUCCGGCACUUCGGCUAGACCUGCGCUUUAUGUCCAUCUGGUCACUGGAUCCUCGCAGCCACUCCAGGAGGGACAGGGAUCAGACAUAAGGCUACCUAUCUUACAGAUGAGAAAACAGGCUUUUCCCCGAGGGACACAGCGCCUUAGGGCUUUCUGUGAACCGGUGUUUUCCAUGAUCCCUGACUAUUGGUGAGGCAGAAGUCUGCGUUCUCUUGGCAGUGCUCUGUGGCCGUGAAUCAUGGGCUCCAACAAGCACCUGUUUUGUGCCUAGCAGCACCAGGCCUGGUCCUGGGGGUGCAGAGGCAAAGAAAUGGAGAGGACUUGCCCUUGAGCCUUACACUGGACCACCCCCCCACCGGGGUGAUGGUGCAGCUCAUGGGCAGAGCUGACAGAGAAUCAUCAUCAAGAACAUGUGUGGCUAGGGAAGGUUACGACGAGGAGAAGAGUGGGUGUGAGCAGCUCCAUCGGGACCCCGUAGCAUCGGAAGGACAAGGAUGGCCUCCAGACCGGACGGGAAGGACGCAGAUGAGAAGCAGCUGCGGGAGCGGCCCCUGCCCACACUUCCUCACCUCCCGGGGCUCUCGGGGCCUGGGAAUUGUCCUGCUGCCAGCCCGCCACAGACCCUGGCCACGGGCCCCUGGAGUGCGAGACACGGAGCCGGGAGCCUAGUGGCCCUAGGCCCCGAGUGCUUGUAGAGACGCGCCUGAUCUCUGGGUGCCACAGGCAGGCCGGGACCUCGCGACUCCCAAGCUUCACCCCUCUCUGCUCAUCCAGCUGAGCUCCUUCGUUUUACAAAGAAAUACAUUUAGAAUGGCUUGGAUCCUCGAUUUUGAGCUGGAAGAGAUCUUGGAGGUUUCUAAACCAUCUCCCCUCACUUUACAGAUGAGGGAAAGAGGGAAGUGCGGCUCAAGUGGCCCAAAUCCCCCAGAGCCAGCAUUGGAACUCGCCUCCUUUGUCUCGAGAUCUAGCACAGUUUGCAUUGGAACCCUCAGAAAGCACCCAGCAAGUCGAUGCUUUCUUAUCAAGUGUCCGAAUCUCAGAGUCGGAAAGGACUCCGCCUGCUUUGAGCCGUGUGGAAUCAGUGACAAAGGGCUCUCCAGCAUCUCCUUGAAACUCUCCUCUGUUCUUUACUGACCACUUCCCCUGCGGGGGCCCUUCAGAGAACUGGAGGUGGUUGGUGUGCUUCCCCAGCCUCUUGUCCAGCCUAAGCAGCCUCCCCAGUUCCUUUGACCAAUCCUCAUAUGGCAUGUUCUCCCUUCCUCCCGUCAGUCCUAUUGACCUCCUAUUCAUGUUGAUCUAUGCUGUAUCCAAAAACCCAGAUUUUAUCAUAGUAACGGUAAAUGCCGUUGGGCCCACGGGGAGAAGGGAGGUAUGCGCAGGGCUGGGCUCGGUGCAGCCCAGGAGGGCCCUGGAGUGCUUGAGCUGAUUUGUCAAACUGUGGACUUCUUGGGCUUGGAGACCAUUAAGACGCCCAGAUCUUUUUUAGAGGAACAGCCACCUCCUCAGACGUGAUCCUUUCAAUUGAUAAUUUAUUUUUAACUACAAUGUAGCACUUUAUGUUUAAAUCCUAACUUCUUUUUCCACAGAUUUUGUCUGUUUUUCUAGGGUCUUUGGGAAUCCUGUCAUUCUGUGUGUCACCUACUCCAUCUUUCUUGAAUAUUUGAAUAUUGGAGAAGUCUCACUUCUCUGCCUUUAUCACAGAUAAAUGAGCACAAUGUUGACCAGCACAACCCACAUAGUCGAGCAUUCCACUCGAGGCCUCCCCCAACAGAUUUAGGAGUCCACGACUGGUCUGAUCAUCCGGGCAGAAUUCAUUCUGCCCAACAGAAGUCUCCUCAAGCCCUCGUUUCUUGGUCUUGCCCACACGAUAGCAUGAGAGGCCCUGUGACAGGCUUGAGUGCAAUUUGAAUUUACUGUGUGUAAACUAGCAUUUUCCCAUGCUGCUCCUCAAACGGGACCAUUUGUUUGCCCUCUCCAGCUUUGCAGCUUCUCUCCCAUUUUCCAGGAUCUUUCAGAGGCAAGUCAAAUUCUCACAUCUGCCAAUUUUCCCCGAUACCCAGAAUUUCAUUGUGGCCCAGUUGCUUGAACUUGCCAAAGUGAAACGGAUUUUGUUGUCUCCCUUACCUCAGUUGCCUGAUAGUGUUUCCUUCCCCUCCCAUGACCAUGCUGCUGCUAGAUUAAACGGAGGUGGGAAUGAGUAGAUGGGCUCAGCCUUCUCUCCGGUUCAUGUCGGAACCUCCUUUGCUUCCAAGGUCCCCUACCCCAACUCGUGAUCAUUCUGAGCGUCGCCCGUGAUUCCUCCUGCGGGCUGCCCACAAGUACUUGCCCCUGUUUCCAGCCUCCGUCCGUGUGUGUGGGCAGCGCGCCCCAUUCUGCUCUCACCCAGUGCUGCCUUCUGCUUGUGUCUUCAGAAUUUCAUUCUUGAGAACCUUUAGAUCUCUCUUGGACUGAAUUCUUUCAGAGAAUAGUAGGUUUUUGGAGUCCACCUACCCUUCCUCUGAACCCUUUCAAAUCUACUCUGCCAAAAUGCAGAGUGCGCCCGGCUUUCCUCUCAGCGAACCGAUGGAAAACUAACGUUGUCUGGCAUCCCAGUAUCAUGGUUAUGAAUACUGCUUGUCCCCUUGGGCAAUCUAACCCUUUGGGGGAGCUUACCUUCUCCUUCUCAUCUGUUUGUUCUCACGUCUUGAUGAGGUAGGCACAGCUUCGUUUGGGUAAUGGGAAGCCGAAGCAAAGAGGUCAAAAUGGUCUGUCCACAAUCUCGUGUUGAAAAUCCGGAUAAUCUGAAUCCACUGCCACUAGACCUUGUGUUUCUCUUUUCAGGGUUGGCAAAAGUUAUCAAGAGAGUUAAAAAAGAUGGUACUUCUGUGGUUUGUAUAAACUUCUCCAUUAUUAGAGUAGUAUCACUGACCACAUGCUCAUUACUCCGUCUCCUAAGGCCGACUCUUGUCUAGCAAAGCCAAGCCCAAAUCAAGGGCGGGGUCGUUGGGCCCAAAUCUCAGCUUUGCUUUUGUCCAUGAAAUUCAGUUGCCAAUCCUCUGGGGACUUUGCUUCAACCCUUGGGCCCUGGAGUCUAAGGGAACUUUAUUUGGGAGGAAAGAUUAAAUCCCAAAUGAUUAGCUGACUGUUCAAGCGAGCUAUGAGUUGCCAUCAAAUGGUGAUAAAACUUAACUGGGAGCAAGCUUAUCCCUGUGUAAGGAAGCCACAAAUACAGACAAGUGUUGUCUUUUAUAUUAUCUUCCCGCACCUUGUAAAAAGGCCUCAUUGUAUGAGGAGGCCCAUCCUAGAGAUUGCUUUAUAUGAGCAAAUAUGAGUGAAGGCCCCGUGUGGGGCCCCCGACGAGUACAGUUUGUGGUACCCUGCCCAGGAUAGCCCAAUGAUGGGGGACCUAGCCUUAUGGCCAGGGGGAAGGCUUCAGGGAUAAACGCCCAAGAACCAAAACGGCCGUGGUGCCCGCAGUUAGCAGGAGGUGGUCGCAGGCUCAGGAGACAUAGAUCCUGGGGGACUGAUAGCUUAGCCCUUUCUGGGACCACCCAGCCAGGGGGGGGCACAGCCUUGCGGGGGGCACUGAAUAAAAGUGGAAGCGAGAACAUAGGGAGAGAGUGUCAGGUGGCUUCUGGGCCAAGGGGGAAAAGAACCUAGGGGAGAGUAAUGGGUCAAGUGGCUUCUGGGCCAAGGGGGAAAAGAACUUAAGGGAGAGUGUCAGGUGGCUUUUGAGCCAAAGGGGAAAAGAACCCAGGGGAGAGUGUGUGUCAGGUAGCUGCUGGGCCACAGGGGGAAAAGAACCUAGGGGAGAGUGUCACAGGUGGCUUCUGGGCCAAGGGGAAAAAGAACCCAGGGGAGAGUGUGGGUCAGGUGGCUGCUGGGCCUCGGGGGAAGUGGUGGUCCCUUCAGUGUAUAUUGGGAAGCAGCGAGAGGCACGCUUUUCUCUGCAUUGCGCUCAGGCUGGGCAUGAAGCUGCUUGGUCAGUGAGGGGCUGGACUGCCCCACUUGGCUUUAACCCCAUUAGAGCCAAGCCCCAUGUGUGAGGGGCAUGGCAAUGAGCAUAGGCUAUCCUAGGUCCUGCUGAGCAACUCGUACUAACCAGUAUUUGCAUAUAUAUAUAUAUAUAUGUAUAUAGUGGUCUCAGGUUGUGAGAAGCACUUUAUAGACAUUAUAUCCUGCUCCGGGAUAAAGUGAAAGGAGAAAGGAGAAUCACAUAAAUAUUUUUAUAAGAGGAAAUGUGGCAAAUGUAUGUAUUUGUUUUGCUCUACUAUGCUUCUUAUAAGGGGGGAGGGAAGGAACCACUGGGGGGGGGGGAAGUUUUAUUUUUUAAAAGAGCAUCAAUAAAAUGUUUGCCAAAAAUGUAGAUGGCAAAUUUGCUGUUUAGCACUAAAAUAAAUGUGUUAAGUGUAUUUUCUUAAGAGGAGAAAAAAAAUAUAUUAAAACCCUUAAUUUAAAACUUGCCUAUUUCUAUUCAAAAAUGUCCCUUAACAAGACUACUUGAAUUGUAAUUUUAUAGCAGGUUGGAUAAUAAAAGGGUCAAAGAUUUAGAACCGGGAGGACUCUUAGAGAUCCUCUAGACCAAUCCCACUCUAACCCUCCCCCCUGCCUUUUACAGAUAAGGAAACUGAGGCUCAGAGAGUGAGCCAGUUGCUAUUGCCCAUCAGCGGUAAGAUACCAAAACCAUUCAUUUACAUUGCACCCAUGGGAAAUGGGGAUUUAAGUUCCCAAAACCAUAAAAAAUUGAUUUUUUUUGCUAGAUAGUGCUGAAAAUACAUUUCUCUGCAUAUAAUUCUUCAAAACAUUACAUUAAUGCUUAAUAAUGUAUAUUUUUUCUAACAGACUAACCAUGAAAUAGCCCAUAAAAAUUCAGUACACAAAAUAAAACUGGUAAUGUAAAAAUUUUUACUAGUGAUCCCCUAGAAUUUUAUAACCUUUUGUGCUAAUAGUACAAGAAUUUUUUUAAAACAUUGAUUUUAGAUAAUUCCUAACACAUGAAAUCUGUAUUAUAAACUUUAUUCCUUUUAGUUGGAUAUAAGUUAAAAUCAACAGCUGCCUCAGAUAAUCUGGCAGGAAGUUUAACAGCUUUAUUUUUCUUGCUAAGCCAUAUCACUGACUUUAUAUGCUUGGGCUUAGUGUCCAAAGAAUUUGUACUAAGCUUUGGGGUUUGUGACUGCAACAGAAAACUUAACUUUUAAAGGCAAACAAAACUCUGCAAUGAAUUUACAGAGAGCUCUUAAAAUGGGAGGGUGAACAAGACUAAUGAAGCACUAGGAGCACCUACAGUCUCUCCACAAACUUGCCUGAGCAAAUUGCCAACACAAAAGUGAAGUAAAUAAAAUCACUAGAGUUCUUGAAGGUCCUGAACAUGAAAAUGUUGAGGAUUGGCUGGGAUUGCCUACAUGUUGUGUCUCUAAGCGGCUCCUGAGCAAGAAUUGACUUUUGACUCAGAAAGCAUGGUGACCCGACUCUCAUGUGAUUAUUUGCCUGCUUCGGACAGGAGGGUAAGGUUCCAGAACUGGUGAGAGAGAGAAGAGGAGAGAUCCUCUCCAAUAGUUUGACAUUAGUCUUGCUUCUAGAGUAAGAAGUCUCUUCAUGUUGCUUAAAGUGACAAAAACUCUGGGAAGAGGCCCUGCUUUCUGUAGUGAGAGCUUAGAUUAAACCCAUUUCAAUAAGAGAAGAAAGGGACUAAAGGAAUUAGAGUAGGUUAUAAG